AUGUACAACUCGUUCAACCGCGUCCAAAACGUCUUUGGCUUCUUCACAACAGUCGCCUGCGUCUUUGGCGCCUUCAUCGCCGCUACCGACCUCUUUUCCCCGCGCAACCCGGCUGCCGACAUCAGCCCCGACAACAUCCAAGUCGUCAAGGGCCGUCCGCACUACUACAGCAACAAGAAAGAAGAGUACGCCGUCCUCCGCUUCUCCCUCGAUGCCGACCUCUCCAGCCUCUUCACUUGGAACACCAAGAACCUCUUUGUCUUCGUCACCGCCGACUGGCCCGGCCCGGACAAUACAACCAAUUCGGCCGUCAUUUGGGACACCAUCAUCACCAACCCCAGCGCCGACCAUCUCCUCAACAUUGGUCCUGCCACGCUCAAGAAGCUGCGGAGGAGCUCCGCCGGAAAGUCCAUUGACCCCAGCCGUGGCAAGCUCAAGCUCAAGAACCAAAAACCCAAAUACCAGAUUACGCAUCCCUCUGGAAAGAUUGCCCUUACCCAGGAUGUAACCUUGAAGUUGCACUACAAUGUCCAGCCCUGGGUCGGGCUGCUGACCUGGAACAUGCCGAAGGAUCUCUUCUUAUGGAAAACCAUGGCUGGAGGCGAGAGCAACAAAAUUGCCCUCCCAGCCCUCAAGGUGAAGGAGUCCAAGGAUAAUACAAAGUCCCAGGUCAAGGCCAAGGCCAAGGCGUAA